AGUCAUCAGCCUGGAACAGACAGGAUUCUCAAGUGACACAGCCUUUCCUCGGACACAUCCACAAUGACCAAAAAGCUCUCAGCACGGGGGAUAUGCUUUUGAUUUAUUAAUCAGGUCAGUGAACAUCCCACAGCUCAGGGGAACAGGCAGGAGCGCGUCGGAAGAGUCAUGGGUUUCUGAGUGCUAAAUGUACAUGCAAACAUCUGAAUGAAACAUGGUGCACGCAAUCUGCCCGGAGAUCGCGAAGGGAUUUGCUUCUGUUUUUCCUUCUACUCCGAGCACGGUGAAGUUUCUAUGAAGACCAGACCUGGUAUUGAAAGAUUCGACUGGUAUAACCACUGCUGACCGCAUUCGAGUGUGCAGCUCCAUCAACAGAGAGUUUCAAUUAAGGACGAGAAGCAGAAUUUAAUGCAAUAGAUGGCACUUCGUGUUAGCACAUUUAAACAACAAAGAAGAUCAGCUGAAUCUGAUGCAUAGACGACAUACUUGGAGAGAACUGGUUGUCUACAUGAAUCGAGAAGCAUCCUUCUAGACAACAGUAUUUUUUCGUAUAUGCUGAGCUACACUCUGCCAGAGACAAAUGCUGACUGUGAAUUGUUUCUCGCUGUUUCUUUGGAUCCUGCUUGAUGAGGGUCUAUUAACACCUCUGGAGUCAUUGACACCAAAGAGUUCAGGGCGUGCAGGGAACGACAAGAUAAUUGAACUGUCAGGAGAUGGAGCUCCUAUGCUUCAACGUGUUCGACGUGGUUGGAUCUGGAACCAGUUCUUUGUAUUGGAAGAAUAUAUGGGGUCUGAACCUCAGUAUGUGGGAAAGCUGCACUCUGACCUGGACAACGGGGAUGGUUCUGUAACAUACACUCUCUUAGGCCAAGGAGCUGGCUCGAUUUUCACCAUUGAUGAGUUAACAGGGGACAUUCAUGCGAUAAGGAGCCUGGAUCGUGAAGAAAAGUCUUUCUAUGUUCUGCGUGCACAGGCUGUUGAUACAGAAACCAGAAGACCCGUGGAGCCUGAAUCUGAAUUUAUCAUUAAGGUUCAAGAUAUUAACGACAAUGAGCCAAGGUUCCUGGAUGGACCUUAUGUUGCCAAGGUCCCAGAAAUGUCUCCUGCUGGUUCCUUUGUGAUUCAGAUAACAGCUACAGAUGCUGAUGAUCCUACAUACGGCAACAGUGCAAGAGUGGUGUACAGUAUCCUGCAGGGGCAGCCGUACUUUUCUGUGGAUCCCAAAACAGGCAUUAUCAGGACUGCUUUGGCAAACAUGGACAGAGAAGUUAAAGAAAAUUAUCAAGUCGUCAUCCAAGCCAAAGACAUGGGAGGACAAAUGGGAGGGUUGGCAGGCACCACAACGAUAAAUAUCACACUCUCUGACGUCAAUGACAAUCCACCGAGGUUCGCCAAAAAUAUCUUUCAUCUAAAGGUUCCUGAAUCAACCCCCGUUGCUUCGCUAAUUGGUAGAAUAAAAGCCAAUGAUGCUGAUAUUAGGAGGAAUGCCAACAUAGAUUACAGCAUUGUUCCUGGGGAUGGGCUGAAUGUGUUUGACAUUACAUCUGAUAAAGCCACGCAAGAAGGAGUUAUCAGCCUGAAAAAGCCACUGGAUUAUGAAAAUAAAAAGUCGUACGUCUUCAAAGUAGAUGCUGUAGACCCUCAUCCAGAUAAUCGUUUCCAGUCUCUGGGUCCUUUCAAAGACACAGCUACAAUCAAGAUUACCAUUCUCGAUGUAGAUGAACCUCCCAUUUUCAGCAGAUCUUCCUAUGUAAUGGAUGUUUAUGAAGACACCAAUGUGGGCAGUAUUAUAGGAGCUGUAACAGCACAGGAUUCUGAUGUUAGCAGCAGCCCUGUCAGGUACUCGAUUGAUAAAAGCAGUGACCAGGAGAGAUACUUCACCAUUGAUGAGAUUGAUGGAACGAUUGCUACCAAUAACAUACUGGACAGAGAGGAUAUUUCCCAGUAUAAUAUAUCUGUCCUGGCAACAAAAGUCAGCAAUCCCGAGUUGGUCAGCAAAGUUCCAGUGACCAUUCAAGUUUUAGACGUCAAUGAAUAUGCACCAGAAUUCUCAGUGCCUUACGAGACCAUGAUGUGUGAAAAUGCCAAGACUGGCCAGGUAAUUAUGACAAUCAGUGCUGAGGACAAAGACCUGCCACCCACAGCCCCACAUUUUCACUUCAGAUUGUCACCUGAGGAUGAUAUAAACCCAAACUUCACCAUUCAAGACAACGGAAACAACACAGCUGGAAUCUUAUCCAAGAGGAACAACUACAGUCGCAGGCAAUUGGAACUCUAUUUCCUUCCAGUUGUGAUCUCAGACAGUGGUUACCCGGCACUAAGCAGCACAAAUACUUUGACUAUACGAGUCUGUGGAUGUGACGGGGAUGGCACAAUCUCAUCUUGUAACGUAGAAGCAAUCUUUCUGCCAGUGGGCUUGAGCAUGGAGGCACUGAUAGCAAUCCUACUUUGCAUUAUAAUACUCCUUGUUAUUGUAGUGCUGUUUGUGGCAUUAAGAAGACAAAGGAAGAAAGAAAUCUGCAUGACGUCGAAAGAAGAUAUCAGAGACAAUGUAAUCAGUUAUGAUGAUGAAGGAGGUGGAGAGGAGGACACACAAGCUUUUGACAUCAGCACAUUAAGGAAGCCAGACUUAAUUGAAGAUGUACAGCUUCGCAGAGAUGUAAAGCCAGAGACCCACCAUCCACAAUGUCAGACCAUAAUAGUACAAAACAACACAAACAUCAGAGACUUCAUCAACCAGCGACUGCGAGAAAAUGAUGCAGAUCCCGCUGCACCUCCAUAUGAUUCACUGGUUACCUAUGCUUAUGAAGGAAAUUGCUCAUUUGCUGAGUCACUCAGCUCUUUGGAAUCAGUUAAUGCAGAUGGAGAUCAAGAUUAUGAUUACCUCAGCAGCUGGGGACCCCGGUUUAAAAUACUUGCAGACCUUUAUGGAGCUGAGAAAACCAACACUCGAUAAAAUAGCAACAAGCAACAGUAAAUAUGCUGUUUGGUAAAUUUAAGGACAGAUGAGUUUUGUCUCCUUUUUUUUGUUAUGGCUGCCAUUGUUAUUUGCUAUGUCAACUAUUGUUUUACUGUGAAAUAGUCUUCUUAGGUACCACAAAGAUAUGAUUGUGAGAUUAUUGUAACAUUGUGAAAUUGAGGAGAGACAGGCUCAAGCAGUUGCUUUGAAAUGAAUUGGCCAUACAGUUGUAGCUGCUAACAAAAUCAAAGCUGCAGGUUUGUCUGUAAUCUCCACUAAAGUGCCUCUAUGAACUUUGAACACUGCAGAUCUUUACGCUCUCCAGGAAGAGUGUCAGUUUUUAUUAUACAGCAAAAAGUUGUUCUUAAGUUGAAUUAAAUGACACUUCAAUAAAAGAACAAUCAGCAUAAAUGCAGGUGUUUGUUCUGAUGUUGUUGAUUUGUUUAUCUCAUCUAUGUUAAGCAUCCUUGAAUAUU